UGGACUUUUAUUUUGAAAGCCGAUUGUCGUCAUCGUGGACUACGUUUCUUUACGUUGUAUGUCGUAGCCGUUUGACGGUAUGUGGAAACUAGCAAUGUCGGAGGAGGUUGGGAAGGCGCUACAGACGGUAGUGGAGCGGGUGAACCAGGCGGCGGCAAGGCGGCCCAAGACACUACCAGCCGUGCCGCCCCGCCUCGUAGCUGUCAGCAAGACCAAACCCCCAGAGAUGGUCGUGGAGGCCUACAGACAAGGGCAGCGUAACUUUGGAGAAAAUUAUGUUAAUGAACUUGUGGACAAAGCCUCAGAUCCUCUGAUUUUAGACUCAUGUCCAGAAAUUAAGUGGCACUUUAUAGGACAUCUACAGAAGAAUAAUGUCAACAAACUUUUGGGCGUGCCAAAUCUGUUCCUUGUGGAAACAGUGGACUCAGUGAAACUGGCUGACAGGGUCAACAGCUCAUGGCAGCGUAUCAGAGGAGCCAGCACACAGAGGUUAAAGAUCAUGGUGCAGAUCAACACCAGCGGAGAGCACAGUAAACAUGGCCUGCCACCGGAUGAGACAGUGAACACAGUGAAACACAUUGUGUCCCAGUGCUCCGCCCUGCACUUCUCAGGACUCAUGACCAUCGGGCGCUAUGGCUAUGACCUCACCCUGGGCCCCAAUCCGGACUUUCAGAUGCUGCUGAGUCGGAGGCAGGAGGUGUGUGACAGUCUGAAGCUGCCUGUGGAGGAGGUAGAACUCAGCAUGGGUAUGUCCACAGAUUUUGAACAUGCGAUCGAGGUGGGCUCCACCAAUGUGCGAGUGGGUAGUAUCAUAUUCGGCAACAGGGAGUAUCCCAACAGUGCAGCAAACACUCCAAACCCCAGCCCAGCCCCCAGCCCGGAGAAAACAACCAAGACAGUGUCAGAAGAGGCCGCGAAGAAGAUGCAGCACCUCACUGUGUAUGAACACUAAGAAAGUGUCUCCUCCUCUUAAAUACC